GCUUGACAGAAGUGAUUGACCAAUGGAUGAAGGGUUGGUCUGGACGACCAACAUGGAGUGAGCUGGCCAAUCUCGUCUCAGUAACAUAGGAGAGGAGCAAGUACAUGUAGCAAAGGAACGUGUGACCAGCUACGAGUCUGAUCCACCCCUCUCUUGUCUAGCUCACGCACGACUGACCAGAGACGAACCUCUCGGAUUGACGCCUCUUUACACUCUUCAUCAUUCAUGGAUUACUUGCCCACCCACCAGUGGUCCCUAUAUUGACUAUAGUUACGCUAGAGAAGCUGGCUGUUGUUACAACGACUGCUAUACACGUACAUGUAACAGUGUGUUUCUGCACUCAAGAAUUUCAACGGACAAGUACAUGUACCAUGUGGCUGAGGGUGUGGGGCUCUACUCUUAGGAGACCUGGAGGGUGGUCACACAGACCAGUGGGCACUUGUCAAAAGGUCAAGGGUUAGUCGUUGUUCAAUUAAUCAAAGGAACCACACUGGAUCAUACCUAACACUUGGCCUGAGGUGCACGCUCGAACUCGUGCAUAGUUAUUGCUCACUACCCCCUGCGUCUUGUUCAUUAUUCAGCUCGGACUUCAAAGGUGAGUACAUUGAGAAAGUUUAAGUUUUUGGGUGAGAAUUAUGCUGGUAUAAAGGGGUAACUAUAUGCAGGCUUUGGAAACACAUGUCUGUACGGAAACAUUACUCUGCGCAGUUAAGGCCUGGGUCAGGCACUGAUAAGAUUAAUUUUAUUCAUUGCCUACAUUUUAUGUAGAUGAUGUAGAUGAUGUAGUGUUAAUGAGAUUCAUAAUGUUUAUUAAUGUUAUUCAUUGCACAUGACGUCAUAAGGUCAAUGUAUUUGCUUAGCUAGCUGCUAGAACUAUUAUAGAUUAUCUUUGGCAACAAAUACGGCGGACUUAAACAAGGUAAGAGUAGCUGUUUAGGCCCUCAAAAGAUAGAGUAUGUUGUUAUGAUUAUGUUUUCUUGAUGGGAAGUAAAAAUGUCCAAAACUUUCUUAGCUAUGCUAGCUUCUUUAGGUCUGACAGCCACUCUAGAGGUAGGCUAUUUUGUGUAUCUCAAGAAUACAAUAACUCUUACUCUUCCCAUCAAGGAUACUAGUACCUAGCUAUGAGAUGUUCAUCUAGCCUUGUUUUUGAAGCUUGAUCUUGGCAUCUUCAACGCCGUAUUUGCAGUUCUCUUUCUGAAAGUGGCAUGACGUCAUCACCGUUUAUGGGACUAAUUAGCAUAAUUGAAUUAAGCUAAUUAGUUUUUUGGAAAAAGAAAACAUUGAGCUUCAUUUUGGAUCAUUUUGAUGCAGCAUACACUGUAUAUUGCAAAUAAUACAGCAGUAUGAACAUAGUGUAAAUUUUGGUGUUGAAAUCUGGACCCGGGCCUUAAGUGCGCAGAGUAGUUAUGGGUGAUUCCUCAGACUACAUGGCUAUAGUGUAAACAGUAUCUCUGUUAUGUGGCCAUUAUAAAGUUUGUGAGGUUGCUUGUGAUGUCAAUGAUGUGGUCUAUGUUGUGCUCAUGGUUUACAUGAAGGCUGUUAUUUUGAGAAUAAAAUACAGGUCAAAAUUUUCUUGAGCAUAACUACUUUGGAGUGCAACAUAACAUGUACAAUGUAGCUGUCAAGAAGGGCUUCACUAAACCCGGGUUUGUAAUUGCACACCUUGCACGUAGGAGUUUAAUCGAGUGAUCCCUGUAGCUAGCCGUCAGUCGUGUCUAAGGUUGGUGCCCUCACCAGGAGCUGGGGGGGGGGGGUAUAGCUCUAAGAAUCGCGAUAAUUAUGUAUAAAUAUUGUCACAACUGAACAUUGUACGUAUUUUAAGCAGUACAUUAGCUAUAAGCCUGUGUGUGUGCAGGGGGGAAGGUUGUGUACAGUAUAAUUAUUAGCUAUGAGCUUGUGUGUGUGUGUGUGAAUGAGGGGGUUGUUGAGGGGGUUGUACAUGCAUGUCAUUUGAGAAGAUGAGAUGAGGAGGUGAACAAUGUUUUAACACACAAUGACACACACCAUAAUUAUGUCCCCAAGCACCAACAAAAAAACUUGGUGUUUGAGAGGAACAACAAGCUUGCCUGAGGGUGGUAUAGUAAGAGUGCAAGUGGCAGACAAUCAACACCUGGUAUAGUAAGAGUGCAAGUGGCAGACAAUCAACACCUGGUUUUGACCCUGACGUAAUGACAAAAAUCAGAGACACUUUCUAAAAAUAGAACUGCCCAUAUUCAUUUAGCCAAUCGGAUUGCAGUAUUUAUGACCGGAACUAGGAGUAUAAAAAGUCGCUAUAACCUGUAAAUCGCUGUCUUCUUCGAGGGAUUUUUUGCACCACACUGCCGUCUCAGCCCAGCUCUACCGUCUCACUCUACCUUUACCUCUCAACAAAGCAUCUUCAGUUUCUGUUCUGAUGGCUUGCCCCACUUCCCCCUCUUCCCUCCCAAGUUUCAAAAGGGCCAGGAUAUACGAAGAGGACAGGACCAAAUCAGAAAGCUUGAAGGAGAAUGAGAAUGAGUGUAAGUUGGAUCCGGUGGUGGUCACACAAUUGUCGGAUGAUGCUCAAAUACAUGCCUGUUUAGACAGGAAUGUUGCAGUGCCCUCGCAGCGGCGAAACGGACAACUACUACCACCAUCUCAAGGCGCAACUGCUCGGGAUAGCCGCACGAACAUAUGUCGGUGGCUACAAACCAUGGCGAGAACCGUAUUCGACAACGAAUUCGUGACAGAACACACACCAUCAAGAAACGGAAUGGACAAAAUUGUCGACGGUUUAUUUUUCCACCGAUUGGAAUUUGGUCACGUGAACCGUCUGGCUGGGUAUAUGGGGGGAUACAGCAAUUGGCAAGCCAAUUGCGAGCAAGCCGGAGUCUCGUUGGGAUUGAUCUUAAUAGUGACUGGAAGUGAGACUAAAAUGGAAAUCGCGCAAAUGAAUGCUGGACCUUUCAUUUAAUAUUUCAUUCAAUAUCGCUGUUGAACUGUUUUGUCCCAUUUAUUUGGGCGUGGCCCCACCCUGGACGUGUUCCACUGUUUUUUGUCAUAUUGCACUGUUUUGUUUUUGUCCUUGUUCUCCGUCUAUUGUUGUUGUCUAUUGCACUGUUUUGUUUUUGUCCUUGUCCUUGUUCUCCGUCUAUUGUUGUUGUCUAUUGCACUGUUUUGUUUUUGUCCUUGUUCUCCGUCUAUUGUUGUUGUCUAUUGCACUGUUUUGUCUAUUGUCUAUUGUUGAUUUUUAUUAACAUGACUUGU